AUGGAAGCUUCUCAUGCCGCCGCGGCUGGGGCGGCAGAGGCGGCAGAGGCAGCAGCUGCUGCUUCUCUAGACCUAUCUCUAGCACUAGCGCCUGUGCCACCACCACCACCUUGCUCCUUCUCUCGGGCUGUAGCAGAUGCUCUUCUUCCUUCUAGGGGUGCCGGUGGCGAUAGCCACGGCCAGGGUGGUGGCUCGAGGCUCUUCUCGUGCCUCUUCUGCGAGAAGACCUUCCUCAAGUCGCAGGCGCUGGGGGGCCACCAGAACGCGCACAAAAAGAAGAGGGCCGCCGGCAGCUGGAACGCCCACCUCUAUCUCCCCGCGGCGGCGGCGGCCACCCACCACAACCUGCCCGUCACCGCGACGUCCAUGCCACCGGUGACCCGGCCGCCCGCGAGUACCCCCACUAGCAGGCUUGACGAGGACCACGAGCAGCAGCAGCUUGACCUUAGCCUCAGGCUCUAG